UGUGUACACGUUUGUCUUCAGCGUCAGGCCUUCGACAACACCAUGUUUGUGGCCACAAAAUUGGCUAUCGGUGUGGCCAUCAAGUCCUAUUUUCUCACGGCCGGUUUCCUUUAUGUCCCCCUUGUGAUAUCUGCUUACAGAGGAAAGUCAACACAAUGGGAUCAUGCUAUAAGCUUCGGCCAGUUCAGCGAACUGAAAUGUGAAAAAAGACGUGCUCAUAAAUAUGAUCUCCGCGAGUAUGUCAAAGCAGGGAAAGAAUACUGGAAUGCAGAAAGGGUAGCUGCAAAUACUCGCGGAACGUCCUACAAGUUUGAGGCCAAUGCCCAGUGGUGCACUUCCAGUGGGCCGGGAUCGAAUCUUACAGUUCGUCAAUCAUUUUGCACCUGCAUGCCUACUGUCGAGCAUCGAAUUUGUGACCCCUUGCUCAACAGAUGUGCUCGUUGGCCAUUGGAUUAUAGUGUGCACACCUAA